UGAAAAUUUAUUUAAAUUAAAUGUUCGAGAAGGAAAUAGUGAUUGAUGGAAAGGGUCAUUUAUUGGGUAGAUUAGCAUCUUACAUUGCAAAAGAAUUAUAAAGAGGAUAAAGAAUAGUAGUAGUAAGAACAGAAUUGAUUUAACAAUCUGGUAAAAUAAUUUAUGAUUAUAGGUUCUUUAUUUAGAAAUAGAGUAAUUUUUGAAGAAUAUUUGAAUAAAAGAAUGGCAUUCAAUCCAAGAAGAGGAUAUAAACAUUAUAGAACACCAUCUAGAUGUUUUUGGAAAGUUGUAAGAGGAAUGCUUCAAUAUAAAUCAAAAAGAGGAGCAGCAGCUUUAGAAAGAUUAAAAGUAUUUGAAGGAGUUCCUCCUCCUUAUGAUACAAGAAAGAGAUAAGUAGUUUCAGAUGCACUUAAAUUGAUCAGACUUAAGAAUCAUAGACCAUUUUGCACUUUAGGAGAUUUAUGUGCUUCUGUUGGAUGGAAUCAAUAAUCAAUUGUAAAUAGACUUGAAGAAAAAAGAAAGCAAAGGUAUAAGAUAUUUAUAAUUUGUUAGAGGUGCAACAUAUUAUAAGAGAAAAAUUGCUAGAGAAAAUCUUAGAAGAAAAGCAAUUGGAGCUAAAGAACUUACAACCAUCAAUGCAGAAUUAGAAAAAUUGGGUUAUUGAUAAAAUAUAAUAAGAUAAUGUACAAUUAGAAAAU